GUUUUUAAAAGACUUGUAUAUACAGUAUUCAAUGGAUUGGGUUGUCUGAAGAAAGUGGUAAAGAUUUCCAUAAUCGGUCAUCCAACAAACAAUAACAACCCAUGCUCGAAACUUCCAGUAAAACCCAGUCGAUUUCGUCUUGUAUUACACGCAUGUAUAGGCACACACACUUGCACACCUUUGUCUCCAUCGUAUCUACUUGUUAGAUCAGUUAUCUGCACCCCAAUAAUAAUACACAAACUCUCUCUCUCUCUCCCUUUACCAUUCCGUUAUUGGUUUUGACGUCAUGAUUUGAAUUCUUAUCCAAUUCACAGAAAUGUUCUUUUUCUUCUUUCUUUUUCUCAUUCUUCAGAGAAUCUUGAUUUCCCCCAACCCAAUUACUUCCUUUAUACUCCUCUGUUUUAAAAAAGAUAGUUUCGCUUUCACUGAUUUUCAGUGAAAAUGAGAGAGAAAGGGUGUUAUAACUUAUAAGCUCUCGACAGCAAACAAAAGGGUGUCUCAAGAUUUAGUGUCUCAACCCCAGUUUCAAAAAAAAAAGAAAAAAAAAGAUUUAGUGUGUCUCAAUUACUUUGAUUCUGUACUAGUUAUAUGGAUUUAACGUUGGGCAAAAGAGGUUUUAAGUUUGCUCUGAAGAACAAGAAGUGGAUUCUGCUUGCAGCGACUGCUUAUGGUGCCUUUAGGGUUUAUCACUCUCCUUCGAUUUCCCAGAAACGGAAGCGAAUCUCUAAGCUCUUCUCUCUCCUCUUCAACCUCAUCGAAGCAGCCUCUCAUUCCGCCGAAGCGGUUAGCGUCAUCACCAAGGAUCUCGCGGAGUUUCUCAGAUCCGAUUCCGAUCAAAUCCCAAACAGCUUCAAGCAGAUCUCCAAACUCGCCAAAUCCGAUGAGCUCAAUUCGUCUCUGAUCACCUUCACACAAGCAAUAACCGCCGGAUUGCUCAGAGGAUCCGGUAACGAUGAAUCCGGGUCGGGUUUUACGGAUCGGGUUAUGGAUAAGCUUUUCACGAAACGCGGUACGGGUUUCGCUUCCGCGAUCGCCGGUAGCUUCGCGAGAAACUUAGUCGUCGCGCUCUACUCUUCUUCCUCCUUCUCCGGUGAAGCUUCCGUCUUCUCUGAUUCGAAAUUGCGCGACGCCGUUUUCUCCGACGACGGUAGAAAGCUGAUCGGCGAUUGCGUUCAGCGUUUCGUUAGCACGGCGGUUUCGGUGUAUCUCGACAAGACGAGCGACGUCAACGUCUUCGACGAUUUAUUCGCCGGUUUAACCAAUCCGAAACACGGAGACAAGGUUAAGCAAACGCUAGUAACGGUCUGUAACGGCGCGGUUGAAACGUUAGUGAGGGCAUCAAGAAGACAAACAAAGGACCCGGGAUUAUCUAAAACGCUGACCGUUGGAUCUAAACCGAUGCCAACGUGGAUGGAUCGGGUUUCUUCUUCGUUGUCUGUACCGAGUAACCGGAAAUACGUGGUGGAUUUAACCGGGAGGGUGACGUUUGAGACGGUUAGAUCGUUAUUAGAAGUGUUGGUCGAGAGAGCGAAUGGUAAAGUUGAGAGUUACGUGGAGAAAGUCAGAGAGAGAGGGAAUGAGACGAGGAGAUACGUGAGAGUUAAAUCAUCUCUUCUUCAUAGUUUAUGUUUGUCUAUGUGUUUACAGAUUGUUGAAGCUCCAUGGUUACUGACUCCAAGAAACUGAUCAGGCUAAAAGACAAAGACUCGGUUUUUUAAUUUCUUGUUCUGUAAUUCUUGGAUUCAAUCAAAUUUGAUGUACAAUUGCUCCUACUUUUUUACUUUAAUUGGAGAAGAAAAUGAUUGUUUGUUUCGUUCUGGAUUUGGAUAUUUGGAUAAUGAUAGGCUUGGGAUAUUAUUUGUUACACGUCUGUGUUGGUUCUUGUGGAUAAAUAUGGUAUGGAUAUAGUUGCUGAGUGAGGUUGUUG